ACGGCUCUUCCGGGGGAUCCUUACCACAUGCCAAGGAGCAGCUUCCAAAGUACCAGGUACAGCCACCCUCGUGUGCGGAAUACCCCGUGGGCUGAAGCCAUUUACUGCCAUUUCUCCUCGGGGAUAAUGGCUGCUUGAGGGCCCCGUCCCCGGGAUAGGAGACUGAGUAUCCAGAACCCUUCUCAGUGCUCCGUGAUGGCCUCUAUGGGAAAAGAAUCUAAAAAAGGGGAUAUGUGUAUACGUGUAACUGGUUCACUUUGCCAUACAGCGGAAACUAACAUGACGUUGUACAUCAACUCUACUCCAAUAAAAAUAGAACAAACAAAUAAACAAAAACCCCCCAAAAACGUGCUCUUAGGUGUUUCAGGCCAGUGCUGUGCUCACACUUUGGCUUUAUCUCUCGAUAAAAACUAUAAUGGAGCAGCGGUGAUCCAGUGUAACACACACCGAAUGAAGAGAAAUAAUGCAAAGGAGGUAAACCCUCCUGUUUUGCCUCCUUGGUGGUCAGAACCAGAUUAGUGCACACGUGUUUCCCAGUUUUUUUGUAAGAGCUCUGAGGAUUCUGGGGAUGAACACUGUCACCGUGAGAAAGUAGCACUUGGCAGUAGAAGGGGGAAUGCCUGUGUAGGAGCGGAUGGAAAGGCAACGCCUAACUUGAGCACGAGGUGCGAAGGGCUGAUGUAUUGAGAAAUACUGGCCAGCUGGGCACAAGGGAAGAGGCUUCAUAGAUAUUGAAUAGCAGAAAGGUGCUACCUGAUGGAGGAUAUAUGAGUGUUUAUUUUUAUUUUUGGAGCUAUGAGGCAUUUUGUCUACCGUGUUGCUGGCACAGCAGAGCACGGGGGGUGUAUACCGGCAGCCACAGGUGUACAGAAGGUUGUUCGUUUCUCGGUCGGGAUCGCUGCUGUGCGUCUGCCCUUAUUCCACAGAGCUGCCAGCUCUCAAAGCAGUAUGUGGUUACAACAGCAUAGAGUGAAAUUUUCAGCGAGUUGAGAAUUGCAGUUGGCACGUGGACCUUCUACCCCCAGAAAAAGCAGGUUCAGAAAUGGAGGUGGUGGGUGGAAGUUAUUCAUAAAGAACGUGAAAGCCUGUUAGUUUCUGUCUGCAGGAAGCGAGAAGAGGUUGGUAGGAGGCUCGUUAAAUCAGGCGGAUAGAUGUCUGUUCCUCUUUCCUCCUUCGCAAGCAGGUGUAAGUAGUACACGCGACCCGCCUCUGAUGUCAGCAUGCUUGGGGAGAUGAUGUUCGGCUCGGUCGCCAUGAGCUACAAAGGCUCCACCCUGAAGAUUCACUACAUACGUUCUCCUCCACAGCUGAUGGUUAGUAAAGUCUUCUCCGCCAGAAUGGGCAGCUUCUGUGGGAGUACAAAUAACUUGCAAGACAGCUUCGAGUACAUCAGCCAAGACCCUAACCUGGGGAAGCUGAACACAAGUCAGAAUAACCUGGGUCCCUGUCGCACUGGCAGUCACCUAGGCGUGCUGCAGGGAUGCGGCGGCAAACCGCCACCGGGGGCGGCUGAAGGAGGACCGCUCCGGCUCAGCCGCAGUGCCUCUUUCUUUGCAGGUUGGUGUGGGAUGCCGAGCGCGGUGCGACCCGCACACGUUAGUAAACCCUGGGCAGGUUCUUAGAGACAGAUCUGUUGGGCGCCCCUCUAGAAAUCCAAGGGGCUCCUGAGGUGUUUGGUUCCAAAUGCUGCCGAGCGCCUGGCGUUCUGAGACCUCCGCGCGCCACAGCCCCCGUUGGAGACGCCUCUGCUAACACCCCCGUGGCGUAAGCCAGUUUGGAUCUGAAAUGAGCCCUUCGUGUCUCUAAGAGGACAACAGCUUCCGAUUUUCCUCGGCCUCUUCCGCUGCCGUGAGCUGUUUCUCUUUGCCGUGGCAUCUUUGAUCCAUUUUUCACCUGCACUGUGUCUUCAAAAGUCACUCUAACAAGAGCAUGGAAGA